UCUCCACAGUUCAAGCAGCGCUGCAGAGAUCCGAAAGACCCAGCUAGCAUAGCAGUACAGCAGGCAGCAGGCAGCGAAGGAUAGAAGAAACCAGAACGUAAAACAACUUUGGGAGGAGGAAAGAAAAUAAUGCGCAACUGUAUUUGAACAGUUUCCAAGGCUAGAGGGAGAGGGCGGUGCUUACCAGUAGCUCUAACAAUCCGUGUUAUUCUUUUGUAUUAAUAUUAUGUCGCUAGAAGUAGACGAUGAUAAUAGAUGGGCGCCGACCCAUAUCCAGGUGACAGUUUUACGGGCUAAGGGCUUGAGGGCGAAAGGCAAACAUGGGACCAGCGAUGUGUACACCAUCAUCCAGGUGGGGAAGGAUAAAUUCUCCACCUCUGUGGUUGAAAAGACUACUUCUCCCGAAUGGAAAGAGGAAUGCUCGUUUGAGCUGCUCCCGGGGGUGCUGGAGGCAGACCUCAGGUCCGCUUAUCCCCCAGGGAGCAGUGAUCUGGUCCUAACCGUGAUGCAUAGGUCGAUCGGGCUGGAUAUCUUUUUGGGGCAAGCUGUUAUUCCGCUGGAUAAAAUAUUUCAGGAGAAGAGCUCGCGGAAUAACGAGUGGUACAAGCUGCACUCCAAGUCUGGGAAGAAAGAGAAGGAACGAGGCGAGAUCCAGGUGACCAUGCAAUUCACUCACAACAACCUGACAGCGAGCAUGUUCGAUCUGUCCAUGAAGGACAAGCACCGCUCCACGUUUGGCAAAUUCAAGGACAAGAUGAAGGGGAAGAAGAGAGGAGAGGUGGAGUCUUCCUCGGCCGUCGUGCCCAGUGAGAUAGGGGUUCUGAGCGAGACGGGGGGCCGCAGUACCAGCCACAGGGGUGAGGAACAGGAUGAUGAAGAGCACGAGGAGGGCAAGAGGAGCGGAAUGAGGGGCUUCUUCAAGAAGCCCAAGCUGCGCAAGUUGUCGGACAGCCGCUCCAACACGUCCCUGGCCUCAGGGAGCAGUGUGUCGUCCUCACAGGGGGGCAGUCUAAGCCCCACUGCAGGGAUCAGUGUGGUCGUGUCUGACCUCUCCAACUCCCCCAGCAUCAGCAGCAGCCUGGCAGACAGCCCCGUUCACACCAGCCAGCCUUCUCCAAAGCUACUGACCCACAAGAGGACGUUCAGCGACGAGGUGAGCCAGGUCAUCGCCAUGCCCCAGCCCAGAGAGGUGGAGAAACUGAAGGCCAAGGACAUCCCGCUCUCUCAGUCUUCCCUGUGCAUCAACGGCAGCCACGUCUACGCAGUGGACACUCCUGCCCCCUCCACAUUGCCAAAGGUCACUCUGGGAGUGCUUCAGAAAUCCUCCACUCUCUCACUCUCCCUUCAGAACCUCACCAAGAAGAACGAGGAGACCCCCAAAGCUGACUUGAUCACCCGGCGGUGGUCCCUGGACAAGACAGGCAAGCUGGUAGCACCACUUGGAGAUCAGGAGGAUUCCACCAAAGCCACACCUGGUCAUAAAAAAGGCAAACCAGUACAGAUCGCCACCCCGAUCAUCUCUAUGGCCAACAUGGAACCGGACAGUGAGAAGCAUGCAGAAGAGGUGAAGAAAGAGGAACACGAGAAGCACAAACUGCACUUGUUCGGGGGGAAGAAAGAGUCGAAGGGGAACGAGAUGGUCAAGAGUGGAGACAAAAUGAGCCCCGCUGGCCAGUACCCUGAGGAGAAGCACAAGGGCUGGUUUGGCACCAAGGAGGCCCAAAGCAAACCCAGCCUGGACGUGUCUCCUAAGGUAGAAACCAGCUCAGAUGCUCCCUCUCACAUCUCACCUUCCUUCCCUGUUUUGUCCUCUCCUGCUUCCGCUGUUGGUCCUGUUUCACUGGGCAGCACGCCUCACGCUAACCCCUUCACUCCUGCACUCGUCACCUCACCCUGCCAGUCCUCUACCAACCCCUUCUUCACCAAUAUCCAGAGUAACCCUUUCUUUGAGGAGCUGUUAGCUGACCAGGUGCUAAAAUCUCCCCCACCCACUCACUGUCUCUCCAGUUUCGCCCUUGAGCCUUCCCAUGCUACUUCCUCUUGGGUUGAAGGUCCCCGUUCCCCUGUCGAUGAGUCAUUCCCAAAACCUGGCCCUGCAGAGGAGAAGCCCAGCGGUAACGCUGUUAUCCCUGGACCAGUUCUAAUGCCAGUUCCGAGGGACAGCAUUCAGAUACCAAGACCUGUCAGGACACCCUGUCCUUUGCCGGUCCCUUCCAAAAGUGAGACCACAGGGAACUGGGAAGAUUCAUUUGAUGCCUUCGCUGCCAGCAGGCUCAAACCAGAGCAGAAAGGUAAGAGUAAACCCAGAUCAACAGGGGGAUCGCUCCACUUGGCUGAGACAGGGGUUCUUUCACCUCUGGCGACAGGAGGUCCUCAAGAAGAUUCUUCCAAGUCUCAGGAACUUGUUGAAACAUCGAAAGCAGAUGGUGUAGUGGAACAGCCUUUUGCACAAGCUAGCAACUCCAGUGCCCCACCCAUUCCUCUGCGCAGGUCAGUAAAGGCCAAUGUCAAGGACGAUAACAGAGGAAGAUGGUUAGAUAGGGCACAGGUGAUUGCAGUUGAGAAAGAAGCGAGUUUGCUUUCCCAAACAGACGCUGCAGCCAUGCAACUUCGGAAAGAGGUUGAUAGAGACAAGAGUCUACUGACUCCAUCACAGAACUCUGUGUUAAAAGCACCAGAAAAGGACAGUGUUUCUUUAACAGAAUCGAAUGUUAGUUUAAAUGAAGAAUUGAAAAACAAGGAAGGGUCUAGCGCUAAUGAUGUAUUUAAAAGCAAUGAUGCUCUGGUGGAUACCGUAGAAGCUGUACAUAAAGAGUGUACAGUGGCAGAAAUGAGUCAAUCCACUAAGUCUUCUCUGCCAGAUGAAAAUAGCCCAAGAUAUGUGGAUAUGUGUUCAGUAACAUUCAUGUCCAAAGCUAGGCAGGGAAUGAAUGAAGAUGUAGACAAGUUUGUGAAGCAGUCGCUUUCACAGAUGCAGAACACAGCCAUUGAAACACCUAGAAGUGAUCCAGGCAAUUGUAAAGACCUCACUGCCUCGACCCAUGAAGUAGGAAUCACUGAGGUAUCGGGAAGUGAAGCAGAUAGUGGCACAAGGAGCUUAUCAGAACCAGAAAGUAGUGUUAGUGUGUCAGAGAGCGACAUAGAUAUUAAUGAAAAGAAUUUUAAUGGCUCGAACCAAAAAGGAUUUGAUAGCACAGGAAGCAAGACAGAUAGUGGAACAAAGAGUCCUGCUUCUUCUAACCAGGAACAACUUGCUGGGAUAUCAGGAAGUGACACAUAUAGUAGGGCUAGCAAGUCAGAUGGGUUGAUUCCAGAAUUUCGUAGUAAUAGUUCAGAAUCUAACGCUAGUAACCCAGUUGGCUCAUUCCCAGAGAUUUUAACUAAUACACAUCAUGCUAACAAACCGUUUGGAUUAUUUUCUCAUAUUUUUACUAAUGCACCAGAAACUAAUGAUAACAAGCCAAUAAGCUCGCUCUCUGGUGUUUGUUCAAAUCCACCAGAAACUAACGAUGGCAAGCAAAUGCACUUGUCCCAGGAAGUGUUUACUAAUGCACAGCAGACUAAUGCUAAUUCAAAUAUCUCCCUUCCUGAAAUAUGUACUAAUGCAUCAGGAAUUCAGAUAGAUAGCAGUAAUGGAGGACAGUCGGCCAAAAAGGAGAAAUCUGUUGCUGAAAGAGAUCAAGAGAAUAAUGCUAGAAGUUCACUUGUCUUGACUCAAGAAGUCAAAGUUGCAAGUCUGGUGGCUGACAGACAUGAGACUUCCAAGAAAGUGCUUGCUGUGAUAGAGGAAGUCACUUCAGACUUUCUUGGUGGCAGACCAGCAGUGAGCGUUCGUAACAGGACACUUUCUGAGAAACCGAAUCUUCCUCCUUAUGUGCCUUCAGCGGCUGUGGAGAAGUGUUCAGCUGAAGCCUCUGGACUGUUGACUCAUGGGUCCAUCACAAACAGUGGCAAUCUGCUCUUAGACAAACAUGCUAAUAGUGAAAAACCUGUAGAAGUUACAUCAGCUUCGAAAGAGGGAAAGUCCUUAUAUGAGUCCAAAAAAUUAGAUGUUGACCCAGGUGAUGGCGCUAAUAGUGGUGAGCAGCAAACUGGAAAUGCAAAUAACUUGCCGCUGGUUGCAGUUGCACCACCACCAGAACCUCCAAGAGUUGCUGUUGAGCUUUUUCCAAAUGUUUCAGAACCAAGUCCAAGCUCACAGGAAGUCAAGUGCAAUGUGGUAAAGAAGAAUGUCUCCAGGCUGGAAAAAGAAAACUAUUCUGGGACGGUGGAGGUAGAAGAUUUGAUUAAAAAGCAAGAAGAGAAAUGUUCAUUUGUGGUUCUUUUAGACUCUUGCAGCAGAGCUGAUGAAGUUCUGUCCAGUGAAAUACUGGGUGCAGAUAGGUUUCGGUUGAAACCAGGAGUUAUUACAAAUUCAAACCUGGAGUCUCCUGGGUAUGGAAUGGUAAACUCAAACGAGGGAAAAGAAUUAGAGCAAUACAAGACUUGCAAGUCAACAUUUUCUUUGGAAGGAUUAGACCUAACUCCAGACACAGAUGGCAACAUGAGACCAAUGUACCCAGGUGAAUCCAAACAACCUUGUAGAUCAGAGAUGGACAGCACCAAUACAGAGACAAAAUCAGACUUUGCGGGACAGACCAAUGUGAAUCCAGGAAAGAUCUCCCAUAUCAAUCUUGAUUCCUGUCAGAAGAAGGAUGAGACUGAGCAAUCAGAUCAAUUUCAAAGCAUUACACAAAAUGCAAAAACUGUUACAGACAUAACAUCAGAAAACCCAGUGAAGCCAAAGCCUGGCAUUGAAGCACCUCUCAUCCACUUUAGUGGACUUGGAACCAUGCCUAACAAGCCACUAAUCAAAGCACAGGAAGUAACACUUCCCAGCCCGUCUUCUGCCUCUGGUUGGCUCACGUCCAGUGCAUCUCAAGAUAUGGUAGUAGACUUAAAGGUUGAGGAGUUUUGGAGGCCUCAGCAUAAAGGUCAGCCGAAACGACACAGUAUUGGCUCUCCCUUUGAAAAUCCCUUUAAACAGUUAAUGUCCCUCAGUGGCAACCCCUUUGUGCAGACACCCGCUUCCCAAUGCCAAUCCUCUGAGCAUUACUCCUCUUCGAUAUCCUCCGCUCAGAAAGGGAACUUCAAAGACCUUCACAUGAGGGUGGCACCGCAGUGCGUGCGCUCAACCAGCCUCCCAGGGGAUCAGUUCUUCAGGCCAUUCCUGCAUGAAAGCAGUCCCCAGGCUGCUUCCACCCCCUCCCUUGUGGCUGCGACUAACUCCAGGUUAACCCACCUCCCCUCCCCCAUCCUGUCCUCUUCAACUGUGAGGCCACCAACAGUGAUCGCCCAGGUAGCAGCAGCCGCUGCCCCCUCCUCCUCCUGCCCUGCACCACUCACGGUUUUGCCCGAGGAGACACAGCCAGCUGAGAGCACCCCGUUGGGUCACGGAAGCAGCCCUCACCCGGUGAAGCCUCUCAGCUCCUCGGACUCCCAUGAUGAGAAGAGACAGGGCGGCAGCUCUAUUCCAGUCAGCGUGCUUGAGAAGCUGCAAUCCAGUGUGCAGCCGGUGCACAGCACCCUGCAGGGACAGCAUGACGCAGAGGGGAUCAAGGCCCUGACAUCCCCAGACCAUGCCGCCCGCUACUAUCACCUCACCCACGAUGAGCUUAUUGCACUGCUGCUGGAGCGGGAGGCGGAGCUAGACAAGCGAGGGGCGGAGCUGCAGAAGUGGACGGGUAAGGUGCGCGACCUGGAGGAGUACAUCGACAGGCUGCUGGUGCAUGUCAUAGAACAGACGCCUAUCCUGCUGCAGGUGCCUCAGGGCAAAUAGACAGGGAUCCCUCCUGCCCUGCUCUGCCCUGCCCCACCACACAAAACUACAGGCUUCACUAACAAACACAAACACACACUACCAGCACUGCUGAUGACAGAACUGCAUUGCAACACCUUGGCUUUCAGCAGUGCACUGAGUGUACAUGCUUUCCAAAAGGCUCCUUUCUAUCCAUUGAAGAUCAUUCCAGUGCUGGUGUGAUUGUGCAAGCUGGCCUAUGAAAGUGAUGUUGGCCUUUGACAUGCAUGCCCACUUCCUAUGAGGGUCUGCCCCCAUCCUGGGUUUGGAUUUCUCCUUUGCUGGAUUUAGAAAUGUAGGAAUGUUACGUACACCAUGAGCUGUAAUGUACCCACAAUGGGAAUGCCAAAACACCAGACACCUGAUGCUCGGAGCAAACUCAGAUGAUAACUGAGGUGGUGUCAGACUUCACUGCUUUAACUACCUUUGCUCCAGAGAGUGCUUAUGCUGAAUCCAUGACCUGAUUGGAUAUCGUCUGGGUUCCAGUUUUGUCCCAACCUUUCACUGAAAAACAAUUUUUAUAUAUGAUCGUAAAACAACGACUGUUCUCUGUAGUAAAUAGCCUUGGGGGUCAGUCCUGUCUUAAGUGUGUGACAUCAUACGUACCCCAUGGUGGAUUGGUAUCAAAUGUACAGUUGUGCUUCAAAUUAGGUUGUUUACUUCUACCAAAAAGAUUAUUCAAUAGAGUAGCUGGGGUUCCACAGGACAAAUGUUAAUCAAGUUGCUCAGUUCCCUAUAGAAAUAAAUAUGGAACUGCUUGUGAGAAACUUUGAACAGCUGAGAAGAAAGCAGAAGUUGGAAUUACUGAGUUGUUUUACCAGUUGUUACUGUUAUAGUUAAUUAUAGCUGAGUAAUUUCAUGCAAACUGUGGUGGCAAUUUUGAAAACUUGCUAUGACAAUUCUAACACAUGUUCAAUAAAAAAAAAAAAAAAAAGCUAAUUGUAUAUACAGAUUUAAAACAGGACAGGGCUACUGGCUCUGUCGCUGUGCUGAGCAAAAAUAAUUGUGCUGCACUUGCAUAUACUGCAACCAAUGGAAAAUGCCUACGCACCUCUGUAUUGUGGACAUAUAGGUAAAUGCCACUGAAACAGAGUUGUCGUAUUGAUCACCCAGUGUGAUUUGUGCACUAUGGGAGCCAGAUGUACCUCUCUCUUCCUGCUGUCACCUGUUUCUGUAUCUGUGAGUAUCUUACUGAGAUGUGCAUCUAUCUAUCUAUCUAUCUAUCUAUCUAUCUAUCUAUCUAUCUAUCUAUCUAUCUAUCUAGCUAGCUACAUUUUUUAUACCUGUUUGUGCUAAGUUUGCAUCCAUUUUACAUGCCUGUGGCUUUUUAAUUACUUCUGUUUUUGUGUGUGAAUGCGCAAAAAAUGAUGGAUCAUCACGGCUUUGCUGCGACAGUUGGUUUUUAAUCUUAACUGUCAGCCCGUUUGAUACGACUGGUUUUCCAUGUUACAUAGUCCAGUGGCACAGCAGAUGAGAGUGUAUAUAUUGAACAGAGAUCCAGCCUAUGUCCUUUCUGUGACGAGUGAUACAGCUUGACAUUAAAGGAUACAUACAUUGAGCUGGUUCAGGCAAGGACUGAAUGCCAAAGGCUGCCUUAUACUAGUGUGUUUUAUUUUUUUGUUUGUUUGUUUUAUUAUUUGAAAUUUGUUAUAUAUGUGUGUGGUCAUUUUAAAGGUGCCCUUAAGGAAACAAUUAAGAAAAAUAA